CAUAAAAUCUGUUUGACAAACAGGGAACAGGAUCAGAUGAGAACAGAAGACAUUCUUCAAAUCAGCAUGUUUUCACUUCAGUCUCAGGAGCCACAGAAUGAGACUGAACUUGUGAACUCAUUCCUACAAAAACUGUUGAACAUGAACUACAGAGCAAGAGACAAUCUCAUAAAACAAAGAGAAGAGGAUUCAGAGAUUCACAGUGAUAUUCACCCGAUGGAUGUUCAGAUGGCUGUGUUUCAUUGUUCUGAUAGUUUCCUAAAAGAGCUGAUGGUCACUAAACUCUCUCAGUGUCAGUUUGCUCUUCCUCUGCUUGUUCCUGAUCCAUUCACACAACACAUUGAGUUUCCUCUCUGGACAUUCAGACAGAUCAACAAGAGCUGGAAGAUCAGAAAUACUGACAAUAAAAUGACCAGUCAAACCCAACCGGUGUGCCAAGCAGAAACUCCAAUGGUGUCGUUCUUCAGGUUUGGUUCUGUGUCUUCAUCUAAAUCUCAGCUGAUGAACAGUCUGAUCAAUGAGAAACACAACACGUUCUUCCACAGAAACUGUGCAGGCAGCAGCAGAAGCAGAUUACUGAUGGAUGGAGUGGUGGAGAUCGCCUGGUACUGUCCAUCUGGAAAAAACACAGAUCAAUUCAAUGAAUGUGUUGCGUUCUGUAAUCUUCAUGGUGAUGCAGAAGUCAAUGAGAUACAAUAUGAGAUUUUAACCAGCAUGUCUUCAGUCAAUGUCCUCUUCUUACCAGAUUUGGGACAGAAGAACCAGAAUAAGGGUUUGGUGAAAUCACUCUUAAGAUCUCCUCAGCCUCUUAUUUAUCUCCUUACAGAGACUGAGUGUGAAAAAACUAAACUGGCAGAGGGAAAAUUCAUGAUUGGUCUUUUGAACAAAAAUCAGUGUUAUCUAUCUAAACAGAUAAGAGACACUAUCAGAGUCAGUCUAAAAGAAAACAAGAGGACUUUUAAACUGGAAGAUGUGGCCAAACACACAGGAAUUGAAGUAGAUGAGAAUAAUGCAGAGUGUCAGAGAGGAAAAGAAGCAGCACUUCAGAUCAUGAGAUUACUGGAUAAUAAAGAUCCAUCAACAGUGAAAGAAACAAACCUGCCGUGUCAGGGAAAACUCUGGCAUGACUGGUGUAAAGUCAACAAAGAGCUCCAUCAUUUAGGAGGAGAAAAUCUAGAAGAAGAGAAAAGUGCCAAACUGAAAGAGAUGAGAGAAAUAAGAGAAAACCAAAUAGAACAAGGAUUGAGUAAGUUUAUGAGGAUGUUUUCAAAAGAAUUGCUACCACUUGAAAUCAGUGAUAAAAAAUAUUUUUUCAAAUGGUUGAAAAAUCUGCUGGAUGACUUCACUUCAAACAAGGUUGGUGAACUUCUUAAAGUGUAUGAUGUGAAAUGGAAUGAAAUUUCCGCUUUAAAAAAGAUGCCUGAUAAACUUGACCAACUGCAGACUGAAGAAACAAACCUUGAGAAAAUAUCAGAACAAAUCAACAGAACAGCAUUUGGACUGGAGCACAUUAUGAGAGAGGUCAGUCAGAUCUAUGAAUCAUGGUCAUCUCUGAAGAAGGAGGAAGGUAUUAAUUUAUCUUCCCUCACAAGUCUAGCAGCAGAGAUGAUGAUGUGUGGAUUUCCACUGGAGCUGAUGGAUGGAGAUGCUGCUCAUGUUCCUCUGAUGUGGGUUUCUGCUGUUCUAGAUGAACUCAUAAAGAAUCUGGGAGAUCAGAGAGUUUUUGUUCUUUCAGUUUUAGGGAUUCAGAGUUCUGGGAAAUCCACUCUAUUGAACACCAUGUUUGGACUUGAGUUUGCUGUCAGUGCCGGUCGCUGCACCAGAGGAGCUUUCAUGCAGCUGCUGAAAGUGUCUGAAGACAUUAAACAUCUACUGAAGUUUGAUUAUAUUCUGGUUGUUGAUACUGAGGGUCUUCGUGCACCAGAACUGGAUGGAAGAUCAACAAGAAAUCGUGAUAAUGAAUUGGCAACAUUUGUUGUUGGUCUGGGAAAUCUGACAUUGAUCAACAUCUUUGGAGAAAACCCGUCUGACAUGAAGGACAUUCUUCAGAUUGUUGUUCAGGCCUUCUUGAGGAUGAAGGAGGUGAGACUGAAUCCCAGCUGUAUGUUUGUUCAUCAGAACGUUUCAGACGUCACAGCUGGAGAUAAAAACAUUGAGGGAAGAAGACGACUGCAGGAGACUCUGGAUGAGAUGACGAAACUCGCUUGUGAAGUUGAAGUCUGUGAUGCUGAAUGUUUCAGUGAUGUCAUUGCAUUUGAUGUUCAGAACGAUGUGAAAUAUUUUGCUCAACUGUGGGAGGGAAGCCCGCCCAUGGCACCACCAAACCCAAACUACUGUGACAAUGUUCAAGAACUGAAAGAAUCUAUUUUAAGACAUGCUUCAAACUCAGAUGGCAUGAUGCUGACACACCUAAGAGGACGUAUUGAAGAUCUCUGGAAGGCUUUACUGAAUGAACAGUUUGUGUUCAGCUUCAAGAAUUCUCUUGAAAUCGCAACUUACAGGAAAAUAGAGACAGAAUACAGUAAGUGGAGCUGGAGUCUUAGAAGUGCCAUGUUGGAAGUUGAGAACAAACUACACAACAGAAUAGAAAAUGAAGCAGUUCAGAAAGUUGAGGAAUCUGAUCUUCACGCAGAACUUCAGGCAAAAAGUGCUGAGGUGAAAAAGACAAUGUCAGAAUUCUUUGAGAAAGACGGAGAUGCAGGGAUACUGAACCAGUGGAGAACUUCUUUUGAAAUAAAAAUCAAAGAGCUUCAGGAAAACAUCAAGAGGGAGACAAAUAAGAAGUUAAAUCAGGUUCUUCAACAGCGAGACAUGAAGAAAAAGAUUGAUGCUCAGAGGACACAACAUGAAAACAGCCUGUUUGAAAAGAGCAAAGAACUUGCCUUAAAACUUAAAGACAAAGCAAAUGAUGAAAUUAUAAUGAAAAAAGAGUUUGAAUGCUUCUGGAAAGAUCAGGUAGAUGGAAUUAUCCAACACACUCCUUCAGUGAAAAACACUGACGUGUUAAAAGAUGUGACCGAACACCUCAGAAACAACUAUGAAAGUCUCCAGGUAGACAUGAAAAUAAGCGGAGUGUUAAUUGACAUGUUUUCUCUGCCAAGUUAUUCAGAUUAUGUGCAGUUAAAGAAAUCCGGUGGAAUAUCUGGACCUAUUAAAAAUGCCUUAAAAAAGGGAAAAGAGAUGUUGGGCUAUGCUUUAUCUACAGAGGAUGAAGUCCAGAUAAGAUUUUUAAUCAUUGAAGUUGGUGAGCAGACACAGAAAAUGAUUCGGUCAUUUAACAUUGCAAAGAUGGGCUACAACAUCAGCUACAUUCAACAACUCAUAGAUCACAUAAAGACUCGAAUAACAGAUCAUGAAAAACAGCCAAAAGUGAAGUAUGAGUUCAAGAGAGAUUUCUUUAGAGAUUUAGUACAGUCCAUCUGUCAGAGAGCAAACAAGACAAUCACUGAUCAACACAUAAUGUUCAGAGAAGCAAAUGAUCCUGUUCUCUAUUCUGAAAGAAAGAAAGAAGAAUACUACAGUACUUUUCAGAAAUACUGUCAAGGAUCAACAUCAGCUGCCAUAACUGGUGAAUUCAUCUGUAAUAAACUUAUAGAGACCAUUGAGCAGAAUGUCUGCAAACAAACUGCCAGAGAUUUAUCAGAUGAAAUGAAGACAAACUGUGAAUCACUGAAUGGAAACAGAACCAAACUGGAGAAACACAUCCUGACAGAGCUGGCUAGAACAGAGGAUUUCAGAGCAUACAUGACCUACAUUUACAAUCCCAGAGAAUUUUUUAAAAGUUUCAUCAGAGCUGAAGUCAGUCAGUACGUCACUGAAAGAUUUCAUGACAGUGUUCAACCUAAGAUGAAAAAUAACAUUUCACUCCUGCAGAAGAAGAUCAUAAAUGCAACACAUGAGUCCACCAGACAUGUUCAAGAGAUCAAUGGAGAUGUUCAUUCAUGGUUUGAUCGUUUCACACACCUGCUGUCUGAUGUGUUGGUGUUCUCUGUAAGUGACCUCAGUGGAGUGAAUAUUGAUGAUGUUGAUCUCACCGUCCUAGAUGAUGUGAUAUCAAAAAAUAUAUCUUCUGUAAUGAAGACCAUUCACAGUAGAUUCACCACAGAAACAUUUCCAGUGAAGCUGGACUUUCCAGACAGACCAGAUGAGAUUCUGAUUGGUCAUUUCUGUCAGUGCUGUUGGGUUCAGUGUCCUUUCUGUGCUGCCAUCUGCACCAACACCAUAGAAAACCAUGAUGGAGAUCACAGUGUUCCUUUUCACCGUAAUAUUGGACUGAAUGGCUGGUAUUAUCAAGGAACAACAAACCUAGCCAUCAACAUCUGCACAUCAGCAGUGGCCAGUGACGGAUCUUUUUAUCCAGAUCAUGAUUCAGAUGACACAUGUCUCUGGAAAGAAUACAGAAAAGGAGGUCCUAAAUAUGCUCACUGGAGUAUCACCCCUGACAUUUCUGAUCUGCCAUAUUGGAAAUGGUUUGUGUGCAGAUUCCAGAAGAAUCUGGAAAAGUUCUACAAGAAAACCUUUGAUGGGAGUGGUAGGAUUCCAAAUGAAUGGAGAAAAUACUCUAAAGAAGAAGCUAUUGAAAGUUUGCAUAAAUACAUUUAA